UGAUCCGCUUCUCCUGUGCCACUCAACCCCGUCCCUCCUCUACGCUUGUUUACUCCAACGACGCACAGCCAUGAAGACUUUCGCACGGAUUAUAUUCUUUUUACCGUACGUUUUUCUAUCCUCAGUUGCAGAAGAGCGCGGUUGCUCGUCUCCGCCGGAGUAUCCCGACACCACUUUGAUGCGCUACAAUGGGGACACAGCCUUGUUCAAGUGCGCGUUGGGACACGAGGCGUACGGAGGCAGCCCGGUGGUUCGGUGCGCAGGUGGACGGUGGGGCAGCCUCACCCUCAAGUGCCAAAAGAAAUCAUGUGGCAAUGCCGGAGAGUUGUUGAACGGUUAUUUCAGUUACGAAGGAGAAGAACCUGUCUUCGGGACCAAAGCAUAUCCUGUCUGUGGAGAUGGAUACAUUGUCAAAGGACCAAAAGUUAUUGAGUGUGGACAUAACGGCUGGCCCAGUGACCUACCCAAAUGUGAAGAGGGCGAAGUCCCAGUCACAUGUCCCGCUCCAAAAGUGUCUAAUUCUGAGAAGAAGGGCGUUGCUCGAGAGUACAAUGUCAAUGCUGUCGUGACUGUUAAGUGCAGCCCGGGUUUCCAGAUUAGCGGACAAGGGCGGAUCACGUGUGGGGCUAACGGACAGUGGAAGCCUGCUCCUCCUCUGUGUGUGCCCGCACCCUCAAAAAACAGUCCAUGUGGUGUGCCAGAGAACAUAGAGGGCUCCAAUGCUAAACUGGCCUUAAAGUUCAGCUCCCAGAAGUCCUUUGCUGCUGGGGUGAAGGUGUACUACACAUGUGAUACGGGCUAUGUCCACAGUCGAGGCAGCAAGUAUCGCCGGUGUGUUAAUGGAAAGUGGUCGCCUCUGGAACUACAGUGCAGAAGGAGGCUGUGUGGCUCUGCGGGGGAACUCCUCAAUGGACACUAUGAAUACACCGGGGUCGAGUUUGGAGACAGUGCUACAGCCGUGUGUGAUGAGGGGUAUCAGCUGGUCGGACAGGCCACCAGAAACUGCCUGAGCAGAGGCUGGGAUGGGCAUCAUCCCGUCUGUGAAGCUAUGGCGUGUGAUGACCCCCCUGAAUUGGCCAAUGCAGAGAUCACUGGUUACGCAGAAGCUCCAUUUGAGUACAGGACUGUGGUGACGUACCGCUGCCUGGUGGGGGCGCUCAUGGGACCCUCUGACAUUUGGUGCACAAUGAAUGGGACAUGGAGCUCUCCUCUUCCUCAGUGCAAAGAUAUAACUUGUCCAACUCCGAACAUCCCCAAUGCAGCGUUUGUAAGAAGCCGGACAGGCCGAUAUCAGUACAGAGACGCCAUCUACAUCCACUGUAACACCAGGUACACUUUAGUGGGCCCCAGCACCAUCACCUGUGACGAGAGAGGACAGUGGGCUCCAGAACUGCCCAAAUGCAAAGUUUGGAAUACUCAGCGAAGAGGCUAGCCAGAGCGCGAUGGAAGACUUGCUCAAAUUUACACACACGUAAUUGCACUGCAGACAUAAAAAUGUGUUAAACUCAGCUUACGUACAGUAUGUUUAUUUCAUAAGUGUUUUGAGUAGUAACAAGUACAAACCUGUUGCAUUUAUCUUUUGUACACAGUAAAGAUUUUUUUUUUUUACAGUUGAUAA